AUCAACUAGUCUAUUAUUCUACACUGAGAUUAUUGCCGCCCAUGUGGAAAAUUAAAUGUUUGUGCAUGACCAAUCAACUCUUGAAAUAUUGAAUAUGAAUUGGGUUAAUUUUCUCAUCAGCAAAUCUUGUUAGGAUCAUUCCAGAUUCAAUAUUGAGGUGCUUUCUUACCAAACCCAUUUCCCUAUAUGUGUAUGUCUAUAUAACAUUCUAUACACAUAGAUCGAUCCCCUAUAUAUCUUGAUUAUAUUCUUAGUAGAGAAAUAUAUAAUUAAUUAAUUAAUUAAUAAAACCAUGGGUGUUAGUGUUACAACCAUCACUCAAGAGUUCAUCAGCCCUGGAAUUGCACCCAAUCGUCUCUUUAAGGCAUUGUUCUUGGAAGGACAUGACCUGUUACCCAAACUCCUCCCACAGUUCAUCAAAAGCAUCGAUAGGAUCGAAGGAGAUGGUGGAGCCGGAAGCAUCGAGCAAGUCAACUUUACCCAAUCUAGCCAUUAUAAAUACGCCAAGCAUCGCAUAACCGAGCUGGAUAAAGAAGGUUUUGCUUGCAAGUACACGAUGAUCGAAGGCGAUCCCUUGAGCGACAAGCUUGAAUUUAUCCGGUACGAGGUCAAGCUCGACGGCCGAGAUGGCGGCAUGUCUUCGAUUUGCAAGAUGAUGAGUGAAUAUCAUGUUUUAGGACAGUAUGAAAUCAACCAGGAAGAAAUCAAGUCCGGCAAAGAAAGUGCUGUCGGAAUUUACAAAGCUGUCGAAACUUACCUCUUGGAGAAUCCCCUAGUUUAUGCUUGAAUUUUAUCAUCCAUCAAAAAAAAUAAAAAAAAUUCAAACUUCGUUUCAUGCAUGAUUUUGCUUUGAACUGUAGAAAUCAAAGUUUGUUUUAUUCAAUUUGUCUACCCAAUUAUCUAUCUAUAUUCACAUAAAGCGUAUGUUGCGU